AUGUCUGCUUGUAACACCUUUACUGAACACGUUUGGAAACCUGGUGAAUGUAAAAACUGUUUUAAACCUAAAAGCUUGCACCAGCUCCCUCCAGACUCUGAGAAGGCACCCAUCACUCAUGGCGAUGUGAAAACAAAUGCCAAUCACAGUAAUAAUCACCGCAUCAGGAACACCGGAAAUUUCCGACCUCCUGUGGCCAAAAAACCCACGAUAGCUGUGAAGCCCACUAUGAUGGUGGCAGAUGGACAGAGUUUAUGUGGUGAGCUUAGCAUCCAAGAACACUGUGAGAACAAACCUGUCAUCAUUGGGUGGAACCGAAACAGGACUGCCUUGAACCAGAAACCACUUAACAAUAAUAAUGAAGAUGAUAUUGAAGGAUUUAGCCAUGUUCCUAAGCCUUACGGCAGUAGUGACAACACAAAACAGAUAGCAAACAAUAAUAACGGACUAAGUGAAGUCUUAAAGGAGAUCGCAGGCUUAGAUUCCACCUCUCAGAUAAGAGGAAGUGAAACAAACUCUAGAGAAACAUUCUUAGGCAGAAUAAAUAACUGCUACAAACGAUCAUUGGAGAGAAAACUUCCACCAAGUUGCAUGAUGGGAGGGAUAAAAGAUGCUCAGGGAAAACAUGUUAUGCUGAGUGGGAGCACAGAAGUGAUCAGUAACGAAGGGGGCCGCUUCUGUUACCCAGAAUUCUCUAGUGGUGAAGAAAGCGAGGAAGAUGCACUUUUCAGUAAUGUGGAGGAGGAACAUGAGAGCUGGGAUGAGAGCGAUGAAGAGCUGUUGGCCAUGGAGAUCCGCAUGCGAGGGCAACCUCGCUUUGCUAACUUUAGGGCAAAUACUUUGUCUCCUGUUAGAUUCUUUGUGGACAAAAAGUGGAAUACUGUGCCCCUGCGAAACAAGUCUCUGCAGAGAAUCUGUGCUGUCGGCUAUGACGACAGCUAUGAUGAAAUCCUGAAUGGUUACGAAGAGAAUUCUGUGGUCUCCUAUGGACCCGGAAGCAUUCAGAGCAUGCUGUCAUCUGACUCGACGUCACCAGAUUCUUCCUUAACAGAAGAAUCACGUUCUGAGACCACAAGCAGUUUAUCCCAGAAGAUUUGUAAUGGAGGGGUAACUCCUGGUAACCAAGGUGACUCCAAGAACAUGAAAGAAAUUGAACCAAAUUAUGAAAGCCUCUCUGGUAAUAAGCAGGAAGACUCAUCACAGACUUCCAAGAGCUCAGCAAAAGUUCCAGAGACACACAAAGCAGUACUUGCGCUCCGAUUAGAAGACAAGGGUGGCAAGAUUGCUGUACAGACCGAGAAGCAAGAAAGUAAAGCCUGUACAGAUAUUGCUGGGCAGGCAGUAACUAUAAACCUUGUUCCUAUAGAAGAGCAAGCGAAGCCCUAUCGAGUUGUGAAUUUAGAGCAGCCAUUGUGCAAGCCGUAUACCAUCGUGGAUGUGUCAGCAGCUAUGGCCAGUGAGCACCUCGAGGGCCCUGCCAAGAACCCUAAGACAAAAAGCUCAUCUUCUACUCCAAACUCUCCAGUGACAUCAUCUGCAUUAACAUCAGGACAAAUAAAUGCCCCUUUCCAAAAAUCCAGUGCAAUCCGAUACCAGGAAGUAUGGACUUCAAGUACAAGUCCACGACAAAAGAUACCUAAGGUGGAAUUAAUUAGUGGUGGAACUGGACCAAAUAUCCCUUCAAGGAAAAACUGUCACAAAUCAGCACCUACUUCUCCCACAGCUACAAACAUUUCUUCCAGAACCAUUCCCGUAAAGUCACCUAAUUUGUCUGAAAUAAAAUUUAAUAGUUACAAUAAUGCUGGCAUGCCACCAUUUCCAAUUAUUAUUCAUGAUGAGCCAACUUAUGCUCGGAGUUCCAAAAAUGCCAUCAAAGUUCCCAUUGUAAUCAAUCCAAAUGCAUAUGACAAUCUAGCUAUCUACAAGAGUUUUCUGGGAACAAGUGGAGAGCUCUCAGUGAAGGAAAAAACCACAAGUAUAAUAAGCCAUACUUAUGAAGAAAUAGAAACUGAAAGCAAAAUGUCUGAUAGCACCACUAGCAAACCCACUGAAUGUCCUCAACCUAAAGGGUUUUCAAACAGCACAGAGCGUAAAAAGGGCUCAGUGGCUCAGAAGGUUCAGGAGUUUAACAACUGUCUUCACAGAGGCCAGGCUUCACCACAGAGAAGCUACAGUUCUAGCCACAGCUCCCCAACAAAGAUCCAAAGAACCACUCAAGAACCUGUGGCUAAAAGAGAAGGCUCUCAGGAGUCUCAGACCAUGGGCCGCUGCGGUAACACCCGGGAGAAAGCAAGCACAGUCCUUUCUCAGAUUGUGGCUUCCAUCCAACCCCCACAGUCUCCUCCAGAAAUGCCUCAAUCUGGCCCUAAAGCUUGCAGUACGGAAGAGCUUUAUGCCAUUCCACCAGACGCGGACCCUGCUAAGAGUACUCCAGUGCGGCCCCGAUCUCUCUUUACAUCUCAGCCCAGUGGUGAGGCGGAAGCACCACCGACCACAGAAAGUCCUACCAAAGCACAGAAAGAUCCAUUCUCAAAGUCAGUCACCACCACUCCUUCCAGAUUAGUUACGAACCCCCAAAGUGAGCCACCACCUCCAUUCCCUCCUCCACGCUCUACUUCCUCUCCUUACCAUGCAAGCAACCUUUUGCAGAAGCAUUUCACCAACUGGACCAAGCCAACCAGCCCUACCAGGUCAACGGAAGCUGAAUCUGUUUUGCAUUCUGAAGGAAGCAGGCGGGCUGUGGAUGCAAAACCUAAGCGCUGGAUAUCAUUUAAAAGCUUCUUCCGCCGCCGGAAAAUAGAUGAGGAGGAUGAGAAAGAGAAAGAGCGAGAGAAAGGGAAACUGGUUGGCCUGGAUGGCACAGUCAUCCACAUGCUGCCCCCUCCUCCAGUUCAACGCCAUCGCUGGUUCACAGAAACCAAAGCAGAGUCCAGUGAGAAGCCAGCCAUCGUCUUCAUGUACAGGUGUGACCCUGCCCAAGGCCAGCUCAGUGUAGAGCAGAGCCAGGCUGAAGGGGAGCAGACAGCAGUCAUGGAGAAGGGUGGAACAGAAGAUAGUUUCCCACAGGGCUCAGAGAAGAAGAAAAGGAGUCUUUCUUCUCCAUCACAGUUUCCUAAAAAAAUUCUCAGUCACGUGACCCAUGAAGUGCCAGCAGAGGAUUUUUCUCCUCGGGAGCCAAGAACUGUUGUUGUGAAGCAAGAUGACAGGGGCUUCAGUUCAGCCACACCAGCAUGGUCCCCACAUGAACUGGAAAAGGAAGAGGAGAAAGAAGAUGUUUCAGAUCCUAUGGACUUAACCCCUUGUAGUGCAACAUACAGCAAUUUAGGGCGAUCUCGAGCAACCAUGAUACCUCCCAAGCAUCCGCGGCAAGCAAAGGGAGCUUUGGACGAUGCCAUUACCUUUGGGGGUAAAGCAGACCAAGAAAUACCUGUUGCUUCCCAACCCACACCACCUCCACUGCCAAAGAAAACAAUCAUAAGAGCCAACACAGAGCCAAUCUCCAAAGACCUCCAAAAAUCCCUAGAAAAUAGUCUUUGUGUCAUGGCUAAUCCCACCUAUGAUAUCGACCCCAACUGGGAUGCCAGCAGUGCUGGCUCUUCUGUCAGCUAUGAACUCAAGGGACUGGACAUUGAGUCUUGUGACUCCUUAGAAAGACCUUCGCACAAGGACAGACCUGUCCCCUCAGCAGCCAACAGCAUCUCCAGCUUAACCACUCUCAGUGUUAAAGACAGAUUUUCCAACAGCAUGGAGUCCCUGUCUAGCCGGCGUACCCCUUGCAGACAGGGCCGAAGCAUCCAGAAGUCACAGAGACAAGCACUUUAUCGAGGACUUGAAAAUCGGGAGGAAGCAGUGGGUAAAAUCCGGAGUCUCUAUACCGACGCCUUGAAGAAACUGACUAUUAAAUGUGAAGACCUCUUCAUGGCUGGACAGAAAGACCAACUCCGUUUUGGGGUUGACAGCUGGUCAGACUUCAGGCUAACGAGCGACAAGCCAUGUUGUGAGGCAGGUGACGCCGUUUACUACACAGCUUCAUAUGCAAAAGAUCCACUUAACAACUAUGCCGUCAAGAUUUGUAAGAGUAAAGCUAAGGAAUCACAGCAGUACUACCAUAGCUUGGCUGUCCGGCAGAGUCUGGCUAUCCACUUCAACAUCCAGCAGGACUGUGGUCAUUUCCUUGCUGAAGUUCCUAACCGUCUGCUGCCCUGGGAGGAUCCUGAUGUCCCUGAAAAGGAGGAGGGUAAAGUGGAAGAAGAGACUGAAGAAGAAGAGGUCAAAGGAGAGGCUGACAGAGAAAGCCCGGAGCCCGGCUUGGAAACAGAGUCCUCCCAGAAAGAGAGCCAGACCAUUCUGAGCAGGAAGCAGAGGAGCCACGUCGUGGUCAUCACCAGAGAGGUGCCCUGUCUCACCGUGGCUGAUUUUGUGCGCGACUCUCUGACCCAGCACGGGAAAAGCCCUGACCUCUACGAGAGGCAAGUGUGCCUGCUGCUCUUACAGCUGUGCUCCGGCCUCGAGCACCUCAAACCCUACCACGUCACUCACUGUGACCUGCGCCUAGAGAACCUGCUGCUUGUGCAUUACCAGCCCGGGGGGACUGCCCAGUGCCUCGGGCCUGCAGAGCCCAGCCCCGCCUCAUCGGGCCCCACCAGGCUCCUAGUCAGCAACUUCUCUCAGGCCAAGCAGAAGAGCCAUCUGGUGGACCCCGAGAUCCUCCGGGACCAGUCCCGCCUGGCCCCAGAGAUCAUCACGGCCACCCAGUAUAAAAAGUGUGAUGAGUUCCAGACAGGCAUCCUCAUCUACGAGAUGCUGCACCUGCCCAACCCCUUUGAUGAGAACCCAGAGCUGAAGGAGAAGGAGUACACCCGAGCCGACCUGCCUCGCAUCCCACUCCGCUCUCCGUACUCCCGAGGCCUGCAGCAGCUAGCCAGCUGCCUCCUGAAUCCUAACCCUUCUGAGCGGAUCCUCAUUUCAGACGCCAAAGGCAUCCUCCAGUGUCUGCUCUGGGGCCCCCGGGAAGACCUCUUCCAGACCUUGUCGGCCUCCCCUGGCCCGCUGCAGAGGACUGCCCUUCUCCAGAACUGGCUAGACAUCAAGCAAACACUCCUGAUGAUCAAGUUUGCCGAGAAGUCCUUGGACAGGGAGGGGAGCGUCAGCCUGGAGGACUGGCUCUGCGCUCAGUAUUUGGCUUUUGCCACCUCUGACUCUCUCGGGUGUAUUGUGAAAAUCCUACAACACCGUUAG